CUGGAAAACGUCGAGCUUUUGCUUCCUCUCUUGGCCGCCUUCUGUUUGUCUGCCGUCCUGCUGUUUAUCGUGCGUUUAUUUUGUACCUGGCUGCCUGAUAUACCUGCUACUCGCCUUUUUUGGUUCUCGGCUUUGCUUCUGCUGCUCUCUGGCUCUACAAUGCCCUCGCUGUAAGCGCAUUCGCCCAUGUCGACGCCGCCCUUCCUCAUCAACGAGACCUUUGGCUGCCCGUCGCCUCUGCUCGACUGGGAGCCAAUCACCUCCGACCGCUAUGUGGACUUCUACUCGAACAACCGCGCCUGCUACCAGGGCUGCUGCGUGCCCUGCGACUACCGCAAAGACAUCUACGUGGGCGUGCACCGACUCAUCCUCUCGCUCAUGAUCCUCGGCAUCAUCUCCUUCUCCUGCGCUCUCUUCCUCGGCCUCUCCCAGAUCAUGAGCCGGCGGAUGGUCAUGUCCGAGUUCAACCUGAUACAGGCCGUUGGACUAGCUAUCUGCGUGGCCUCAAUCUCCUGGUUCGACGUCCAGCGCCACAAAGUCGUCUGCCGCGACGCGGUCACUCCCGACCUGGGCAAAAACAACCCGCGCUGCAUGCUGCAAGGCCUCUUCUUUGUCUUUGGCUUCCAGCUCUCGACCCUCGCGAUCCUCAUCCGCAUCAUCGCCCUGCACAUGACAAUCGUCUGGGCGCGGCCGUCCUCGCGCAAGCGCAUGGCGUUUAUCGUAAUCUUCAUCUCGGUCGUCUUCACCGCCGCCGGCGCAAACUACGUCGAGUUCUCCGGCGGCCUCAUGUGCAGCCCGACCUACCCGCAGGUCCAGUACGUCGUCUACAUCCCGAUCAUUGUCUACACCGGCAUCGCGUCCAUCCUACAGUUCUUCACCGCGUGCCACAUCGUGCGCACGCUCUACCGCAUCGAACUCUCGAUCCACUACGCGCGCACGCAAAACGACCCCUCCCGCGCGCCGCCCUGGCGCAACAAGUUUGAAAUCUACUACCGCUGCACGCUAAAGUAUCUGCAGCUGGGCUGGCGCACGAUCGUGUUUACCGAGUUUGUCACCUGCAUCGCCGUCAGUUUCUCAAUCACGUACUUUAAGGGUUACGGCGCAGACACAACGGCGCAGUACGUCACUGCGUUUACAGAUUAUUUGCUCUGCAUGACUAGCGGCGAUUACUCGCCUAGGCAGUGCGGAGAGCUUUACAGAAGCCCGUUGGGAGAUCGCACGGUGCUGAUUUGGGCAAAUGUGUUGAUGGCCAGUACGUUUGUAUUGUUUGCCACAGAAUUCAGACCACUGUUGCUGCAAGGCUGGCUUCUCUUCCUCCGACACCCGCGCUCGCUCAUCUCGCGCGACCUCCGUCGACGGCUGCUCGACCAGAUUCCCGAAAAAGAAUUCACAGUGAACCCGAUCAAAUACUACCGGUCGCGGUCGAUGGACACGUACAAGCCCGACCCGGACAACCGACCGAUGGCGGACGAGGCCGGCAGCGGCGGCGUGCACGAUGUGGAUAUGAAUGGUGUCGUGCUCGAUAAGGAGGCGUAUCCAGGCGGGCACGAUGAGCCGCCGUUUGAUGGAGAAUAUCAUCACGACGGCGAAGAGGACGAGCACGUGCAAGAUGAGCACGGAGACGAAGAGAUUACAGAAGAAAAGGGCAAGAGACGAGUCCAAGACAACGCGGACGCGACUGCCGAGACGGCAUCGAGCCAGCGCGUCUACGGCGGCUCGCAGACGAACGUGGACGGGUCGCGGACAGGCUCGCGAGCGGGCAGCAGCGUGCAUCUGAGCACGCACUCGCCGAUUCCACUCCCGCAGGUGCUGCACCUAGGCAUGCGGAGCAGGUUUGGCAUCGGCGCGGGCGGGGACGAGAGCAUUGCGUCCGGGUCGCUGCGGCAUAAGCAGUUGCACCGGAACGCGAAGCACAGCGAGCAGGAGAUGAUUAUGAUGUACAUGGACCCGAUGAACCGCGAGGAGUUUGGCGGGGGAAGCAGCGGGGCGGGGAGUGGGGUGAAUAGUCGGAUGGGAAGCCUGAUGAACGGCCGGGGCGGGGAUGGGAGGGAUAGUACGCAGGGCAGUAUGCGCAACAUGCGUGGCUACGGCGGUGCAGGGGAGGGAAGUGCACAUGGACACGGCCAUGGGGGAGAUGGCAAUGGUAAUGGUAAUGGUAAUAUUAGUAAUAGUGGGUAUGGCAGGAGCCGAGCGGGGACGAGGACGAGUGGAGUUGAGGAGGAGAACGAGAGUGAGAGUGUAUAAUGGUCAAUUGAGUAUUCACAAGAUAAGAGUAGAAAGAGUAGACAAGACUUAAGAAACCACGCUAUAUACAACUACACACAACUACACAAGCUGAUUAACUAGAUUAAGAACAAAGAACGCUGUCGGUCCAAACCGAGCAGCGCCGCCACAGCAGCGAAGGCAGCGUUGAAGAUCUUUGCCUUCGACAGUUGCUUCUAUCGGAGAUGCCCACCGACCGUCUUCCCUCCUGCUGCGCUGGCUCUCUC